AGCAAGAUCGAAUUAAAACAAAUAUAGGUAAGAUAGACAGUUAUUUUUUAUACAAAAAUCAAAUUAUGUCAAGUAUAUACGUUAAAAAAUCAUGUUAUAUUAGUAAAUAUAUUAAAAAUAUUUAAAAAAAUAAAUAUUCUGCAUAGUCGAGUUGUUGUUGUUUUUUUGAAAAUGUAAAUCUGUUCAAUCGCAGAACAUCUUAUUAUCUCUUACAAAUAGAAGAAAUCAUUAUUUUGUCAAGUUCUAAAACCUGUAUUCAAAGACUGUGCAAUAAAAUUCUAUUAAUUCUAGGGUGACUUGCACUAAUAGAGAAAACAAGUUCGUAUUUUCUAAUAAUCUAUUUUAUUUACUAACGCCAUAAAGUAAAGAAAUGACAAAAAAAAAAAUCGUCACUCUUUUUUCUCUCUCUUCGAUUUGUCUAUGUAUGUAUAAAUUUUGAAUAAAUAUUCAUGAGUAUGAGAAUACUAAAUGACUCUUAUUGCUGAUAUUCUACUGUGUAAUGUAUACAUACAGUUCUACUGUGUUGUUCAUGUCUAGUAAUAAAGAAAUUCUUCACUGUGCUAUUUUUUUUUUUUUUGCAAAAAAAAAGAACAAAAAGGUAACAUUUAUUCUUCCAUAUGACAUGCAUCAUUUAGAUGCACAGAGGAUAACUUUUUUAAUAAAUACAUUAUAUACGGAUUCAAUACACGAACACAAAUGUUACCAAACGGACUCUUUUUUUUUUUUAUUUGAACAUGUAUGUGUCAUUGAAAAUAAUGGGAAUAACUAUUUUCAAAGUACGAUCAUAAUCACUGAUAGUUGUAAAAGAAAAGAAGAAAUAAAUAUGUGUAACAUUUUUCCUACAUAAAACACAUCCUUUUUUUAUUUUGAAUUUAAAAUACAAUAACCCAUAGACUUGUACAAGAGAAAAAAAGAGAUAAGUGAAUUGUUAUUUCAUAUGUAUAGAUUGAGGAUAUUUUAUCAAUGAAUACAUUCUUUUUAGACUUUAAUCGAAUAUAUCAUGCAAUAAAGAAGAAGAAAAAAAAAAACAAUCUUGUUUUUUUCUGUUAUUCAUUUUUCUCAUUCUCUCUCUCCCUCUGAUGAACAUAUAUUCAUAGUAUCUUUAUUCUUAACUUCAAUCUUCUCGUUAAUGUCUCUUCUUUUUUUUUUUUUCUUUUUUGUCACGAUCAUCACCAAAGUAUAUAUAAAUAUAUAUAUAUAUACGAGUUUAUCAUUGAUUUUUUUUCGAAAUAAAACUCUUCUUGUUCUGUGUUAUUCGCCAUAUCGUAGAAUAUAUACAAAAGUACAUAACACAAAAUAAAAAUAGAGACAAAUAGAUGUGUAUGUAUAAUGAAUGAGUAGAAUUUUAGCAGGAUAUUUAGCAUUUAAGCAGACGAUGAGUAUUUACGUGGUAUAUAUUCAAUGAAAAUGAAUUCAAUUCAUUUUCAUUAUUGAUAUCUUUCUUUUCUCUUUCUCUUUUAUGCUUGUAGUAGUAGAGAUCUAUAGGUAUCAGUUUGGUUCUUUUUUUUUUGUUGUUUAUUCAUAAACCAAUAAAGAAGGGAUAUAUAUAUAUAUAGAAAGAGAGAGAGAGGGAGAGAGAGUAAGAUACAAUAUGUUGUACUAUUUACUCUUUGCCAUGCUAUAUAUGAAGCCUUAUUUGUAUCAUUUUUUUCCCUUUUCGAACAAAGCAAAAUUUUUUAAUAACUCGCGAUUGAAAGUUAUCAUGAAAAUGAAGUUUUCUUUUCUUUUUUGAUUAAUUUUGUUACACAUAUAACACAUCGAUCGACUAUUAUUAAAGAAUGAAUUAAAUCAGUCAGUUUCAAAAUGAUUAUUAAGGUGAAAACAUUAUUGUUUGUUCAAUUAACGAAUAGAUCUAUAUAUAUAUAUAUUUGUUGUUAGUUCGCAUGCAUAAUGAUAUUUACUCUAAUAAUGUCUAUUCUAGAUAAAUAACUUGUAUUUUAAUCAGUAUAACAGCUAAUAUAUAAACUCAAUUCUAAUUAAAACUUUUUAUUAUUAUAAUUAAAAACAGGUAUGCAAUUUUUUUAUCAUUUUAUAUUAAAAAUAAUGAUGUUUUAUUAUUAUAGAUUACAUCUUUACUCUCAUAUAAAUGAUCGUUUUGAAUUAAUGGCUACAAAAACAGGUUGCAGUUCAACAUUAGCUGAUUUUCAUCAAAUGAUUAAACUAUUUUCUAAUCCAGAUCAAGAAGAAGAAACAAAUCCAUUAGAAAAUGAUUUAUCAAAUGGUAAUUCGACAUCAACAACCAAUCAUGAUGAAGAUCAUCCAAAAAGUUUUAUUUCAACAAAUGAUCUUCUAUUAGCUGGUGAAGAUGACGACGAUGAAGAAAAUGAUAUUGGUGUGAAUGAGACAAAUGGAAAAAAUAUUGAUAAUAAAAAAAUGACGCCGAUACAUCGUACAUCUUCACCCUCAUCAGAUUCAACAAUGUCUUCAGCUUCAUCCAUUUCUAAUUCAUCUUCACUUGUUAAUGGUACCGGUUUUAAAUUAGAUCUACAAACAAGUAAACCAAUACAACCACCAAAAAUGUCAGCUGCCGCUGCUGCUGCACGUUUAUCUCGUCUGGCUAAUCAACGUAUUGAUUCAAAUAAAUUUUUAAUAUGUAGUGGUACAAAUUCUUAUAAUACAAUUCGUAAAACAAAACAUGAAGUACGACGUUUUGCUCUUUAUCUUGAAGAUACAUUUAAUGAGCAUAUAGCUAUUGAUGCUUUAAAACCCGAUCAAUUGUGUUCAUAUUUAAAACAUUAUUUUCAAAAUGUUCGAAAAGCCGAUGGUAGUGAAUAUGAACCGGAUACAUUACGAAGUUUUAUGUUAUCAAUUGAACGUUAUUUAAAAUCACGUAAAUAUUCAUUUAAUAUUUUAGAAAGUCCAAUAUUUCAAUCAUGUCGCGAAGUUAUACAAGAAAAACGUGAUUCAUGGGCUAAACCAACAAAAUCAGUAUGUAACAGUAAAGUAGAAGCAUUUACAUCACAACAUGAAACAUUAUUAAGACAAAUGAAUAUAAUAACAAGAGAUACACCCGAAGGACUAUUAUUAGAAUUAUUAAUUAAUAAUUCUAAAUAUUUUGAUCAACGAGGUUUUGAAUCAACAAUAAAUCGUUCACUAUUAUGGGGUGAUUUAGAAUUAAAAACUGAUCAAAUUAAUGGUGGUAUUGAUUAUAUUGAAUAUAAACGUACAAUUAAAAGUGAUGAUAAAUCAUCAUCUAUUAUUGAAAAUAUUCGUGCCUAUGCUAAUCAGGAGCAACCACAAUUAUGUCCUGUUGUUGCAUUGCGUUUAUUAUCUUAUCAUCGUCCACAACAAUGUACAAAUGUUGAUGCCUCAUUCUAUUUAGUACCACGCUUGAACUCUGAUCAACGUGUUUGGUAUAAAACAAUUCGAGCUGGUAGACAUCGAUUAGAUUUAUUAUUACAACAAUCAAUGCAAAAAGCUGGUAUACAAGGAAAAUUUAGUUGUAUGAGUUUAAGAAAGGGUAAAAUCAAAGGUUUACUAUUGACUGAUAAUAAUAAUAUACCAGUUACAGCAACAACUUCAUCUGCAACUACGCCAGUCACUACAUCAAAACAAAGACGAACAUCAUCAACGAAACAAGAAAUUGUACAGGUUCCAUCUCCAUCUUUCACUAUGGCAACAGCCACAACAUCGACAUCCACAACAACAAUGAUCACUUCACCUCAUUCAACAAUUGCCAUUAAUAUCGAGCCAACAGCUUUCUUAAUUGGAGCUGUUGCUAAUGCCAUAAACUCGUCAACAUUUCAAAAUGUUUCACAAUGUUUUACAACGGCUAUACAAACACAAGCACAAAAUAAUAAUAAACGAACCUCAUCAUCAGCAUCAGUAUUGACAAAUAAAAACGAUCAAUUACUCGAUUUAUCAGCAGCCAAAGGUAAUACAAAUAAUCCCGAUGAUCAAUAUUAUUUGACACAAAAUGGAGUGAUUAAUUUGGCCAAAAAAAUUAAACGUGAAAAUGACACAAAAAUCAAUCAAAAUGGAAAUGAUGGACAUAUUACCUCUCCAACGACAAAUACUAACAAUAGUUUAUCGUCUCAUUUAACCUCAAUGUUACCCUCGCAACAACAAAAUGAUAAUAGUCAACAAGAAAUGAAAUGUUCGGUAACACUGAAUGAUUUAGCUUUAAUCGCUCAUACUCUUGAACAACAACGUCCAUCUCAACCAAAACGUAAAAUAACCUCAUCAGAUGCAUUUCACGCAUUAUAUUCAGCUGCUCAUAUGAAAAGUACAAAACAAUCAAAAAUAAAUAUAUUACGUCGAUAUUUAGAAGAUACAUUAGGUUUAGUUGAAUUUUUAACAUUAUAUGAAUAUUUAAGAAAAGAUUCACAACUAAAAUUACAAGGUACACCUAUAGAACAUUAUGAACAUGUAUUACCAAUAUUUUUAACAUUAUUAAUGCUUGAGAAUACUGCUUAA